AUGGAGUACCCAGGGAUAGAAGUUGACUCCAUUACCUCUGGAAUUGAGAGACGAGUGAAGGACAGAAUUGCAAAGACCAAGUUGAGUGUUUCUCUUGCUUCAAAGAUCAAAACAAAAAUAUUUAACAAUUCUUCUAUGCUCAGGAUCUCUCUAAAGCACAACAACAGAGCACUAGCUCGGGCCCUUAGUAAAGAGAAAGAGAACUCUCGAAAAAUUACUACCGAAAAGAUGCAAUUACAGAAAGAAGUAGAGAAACUGAAUUUUGAGAAUACCUUUCUUCGCUUAAAGCUAAAUAACUUGAAUGAGAAGCUUAAAGAGAUAGAAUCCCAUGUGGCCAAUAAUUUGUUAUCUGCAAUUGAAAUGAGCAGUCUUUCUGAGUUCCAUCAAAGUUCUUCUCUCCUGUCAGCUGACAAGAAACAACGGCCGAGUAAGCAAUGCAAGCCUGUGCAUCUUCCAUAUGCAAGGGUUCUAUUAACUUCAGAAAAUGAUGAUGGUGGUGGUGCUGAUGAUAAAUCGAAUACAAACUGUAGCAACAGAAUUAUAUCAAAGACCUCACCUGAUACUACCUCUUUGGUAUCAAGACAACCUUUAUCCUUACAUCAAUGUAAUUUGGAAGCAUUCCUUCCUAAAGAAGAUCAUCAGGAAACCUGUGGUUCAGGUCAUUCAGAACAUACUUCAAGUGUUGAUGUACUUCCUAAUGAGAGCCAUUGUCACUCAGAUCAAAGUCCUAAGAGUUCUCUGAGUGAGGUGAAAUCUGGUCCAUCUCCCAACCUCAGAAGGGAAGAAAAAUUAACACUUAAAAACAUUACUCAGAGGAAGAAGUGUGUGUCUUCAACUGCAGACAUACUAUAUGUGACAGAUUUAGAUCACCAAUCAAUUUCAAGUGCAGGAUCAAAUUGGAAUAAUGAGACAAAUGGCCAUACUAAUGAAACCAGUAAUAACACACAAAGAAAUGCAGAGUGUUUUCUUGACUUACCUUCUGAAUCUUCCAGUGAGCCUUAUGCAAAGCACACAGAGCAAGUGCAGAAGAACAUUGACAACUUUCAUUUCCAGAACACUGUGUCGGAAGCCGCUGGUGUGGAGUUAACUGCUACUGAUAUAGGCAAGAUUGUAACAGUUUCAAAAAGCAAUAAAAAUCAAAAUAUGAAAAAGGCAGAUUGUAGAAAGGAGACUUUCAGAAAAGUGAAAGGUGCAAGCUCUGAUAAAAGGAGAGAAAGCUCAAAGAGAAAAUGUAAAGAUAGUUCAAAAGUAGAUGCUGAGGAAAAGACUGAUGAAACCAGACCAGAAAGAGGCUGUGGUGUUCUAGAUGGCAGAGGGGAUUCAGAAGAUCCAAACUGCAUUUCCAGUACUGGGAAGCCAUCACAGGUAAACCUGCAGAAGAAAAUAACCCUCCAGAAUAGCUCAGAUCAGGAGAACAGCUCAGAUCAGGAGAACAUUCGAAAUAAAAAAAGGAGGCAAACAUAUAUAAUAGGUGAGCAAGAGAAAACAUACCCUUUCUCUGGACAUUCAGUCCAAUUCCUUCAAGAUGGUAAAUUUGAUCUGUCUCAGAACACCCUACAUUGUAAUUUAAGUAAGCCUUCUCGACAGACAUUUUUGAUUCAUGAAUCAGAAAAAGAAAACUUAUUUCCAAAUCAAGAAGAUAAAGACAUCAUUUCUGAAAACCUAGAAGUUACAAAUUUUCAUAUAGCUGGUCUUUCCAUCAGAGAAAAUGUAUGUGACCAUGAGACUCAGACAAUGUUGGGCUUGAGCAAGUAUGUUAAUGCUCAACAAAAUCAAACAAAGAAGACUAAGCAGAAAAUAAAUCGAAGAACAAAAAUCAUUUCUAUCACGAACCAAAUAUAUGAAGACAAUGAUAAAGAUAUUCACGUCCUAGAAAAAGGCAACUUUCCCGUCCAAACCCAAGCAGAUAAAGAAACCACCAGGGGAAGCCCAGAAGCUUCAGAAGAACUUGAAACACCUCUUCUCUUCACAAGAGAUAAUGGAAGCUUGCGUGACUAUAAGACCCAGAAUGUUCUGGAUCCACACAAGCAAAUUCCUGGUAUAUACCCUGCUCAGAAUGUGUCUCAAAUUAGCAAAAAUUCUAGGCAGAACGUAAAUCGCAAGAGAGAAGUAAUUUCUGGAGUGAAUUGUUUAAGUAGUGACAAAGGUGUUCAUUGUUCAGAAAAGGAUAAGUCUUUCUUGCUACAAAAGGAUAAGGACAUUCUUGUAACUUUAAAAGACUUAAGUGAGUUUGAUAUGCCUGCUUUUUGUAACAAAGAUAGUGCAAAGUCAUAUAAUUUUAAGUCUGAAAUGCUCUUGGGGUUGAAAAAACAUGACCCUAAUAUGCAGCCUGCUUGUCAAGGUGAUUCAAGAGUAGAUAAGAAGCUUAGACAAAAGAUAAAUCGAAAGACAGAAAUAGUUUCUAAAAUCACCCAAGGACAUGACAAUGGUGGAGGAAGUGCACAUGACCCACUAAAUAAGAAGCUCUGUCAGAAGGUUAAUAUAUCAGAAAUCAUUUCUCAAAUGAACCAAAUAUAUGAGACUACUAUUGAAGAUGGGAGUGGCUUUAAAAGCUCUGUCAAAGAUUGCCAAGAUGUUAUAAGUUGUGACUUUGGGGAAAUCAACAGUAACAAGAAGGAACAUUGUGAUCCAAUUCAAGAUCCUUGCACACUAGUUAAAAAUACAAAGAAAAAGGUAUCAUGUAAGGCAGGGAACAGUGUGACAGGAGGUAAGAACAGAUGUGUUUUGUGGUUAACAGAUCCUUCCCAGGUGUCUGUCGCCUUAGACUCUGGCUUACGACACAGUACAAACAAAGCAGAUACUGGUCCUGGAUAUCUGAGUAACCUGCCUAAGAAGCAGAAACAAAGCACUGUGGGGUCACAGAGAGAUGCCUUCUCUGUGAGUGUGGGAAAAGAAGGAAGCUACCCGGCCAAAGCAGUUAGUGAAAAGACAUCCAAAUUAAAGAAAAGAAAGACCCCUCUAGGUUGUUCUCCUGAAACCCAUGGAACAGUGCAGAUAACACCCAACACUGACCUCGCUAAGGCCCUUGACCCCCAACAGACUGAGAAGGAGAACUAUUUGGAGAAUGAGAAAACUGCCAAGAGUAAGCCAGACUUCUGUACGAAGGUGUUGAAACCUUUAUCUCAGAUAUGUUCAUCUAACAUGAAGAAUUCUUCCUUGGACAGUAUGCGUAAGAGUUCUCUACCUUUGAGUAGUUCUCCCAGUAAAAACCUGAUGCUAGAAGAAAGUGCUUCCCUGGACAGUACAUGCAUCUUUCAAGUGGGUGAUGAUGCUCAUGAGAAGAUAAAGGAAAGCACUCAUAAUCCCCACCACAGAACAGAAAAGUGGAGACCAGGUAGUAGAAUGUCCAUGGUCUUGGUGGAUACCAGUUCUGUUUUGAGUAACACUGUUAACCCUGAGAAUGAGUCAGAAGGGCAGUCUCCACCCCUGAUGAGAAGGAACAGACAGUGCGCCCCUCUCAACCUGACAGAGCCAAGCCUUAAAAGGCAAGUGUUGCAGUGUUGUUAA